GACGAACAACAAGUUCAAGUCAAAUUGCAAGAAUUAUUUCUCGCUUCAAGAAAACUCCGUUUCUUGCAUCUCAAGUCAGAGGAAGAGUUAAUAUUUACUGCUAAGUUAUGUGGAGAACAUAAGCCUUUGUUCUUAGGGGCUGAUGUAUUGUCUAACUGCUCGAUUGCCGUCUCAAAUCUUCCAAGAACGCACGCGAAAUUUGCCAAGAAGGGUCUUGCAAUGAAAGUUAACUUUCCUUCUUUCUUAAGAAUUACUGGUAUCCAAGGAACUGGUAAAGGAGUUUGGUUUUAUAGUAUACAAGGUCUUUUUAGAGUAGCGUUUGAGAUGUAUCCUCGGGAAGAGCAGUUGGAUUUGUUGAAGUGCUUGCAAAGUGUUUGGACUUUGAGGUUUGGGGAUCAGCUAUUGAGGGAAAUCGUAAAUCCUUUACGAUUUGACUUAUGUGAAAAUAGAAGGGAAGAAAUGAAUGUUGAGAAAGUGGAUUCCGAUGGGAAAGAGGUUCCAUUAUCUGUUACAAACUCUUCUCAAUGUAGCACAAACCAAAACACAUGUUAUGCAAAUGCGUCUAAUGAGAUCACAAAGACAGUUCUCGAAGAACAAAAUUCAGAAAACGAUAUUGAAAAUGUUCAAAAACAACAACUACAUCACUGGAAAUAUGAAGAUAUUUUACCAGAGCUCACAGACCUGAUGAGAAUUCGUGACAAUAGCAAAAGUAGAAGUGAAUUUGAUGCAAUAGUUACAUCCCUUAGAACCCUGCUACAAAGUUACAAAAGUCUAACUUCUGAGCAUUCUCCRAUGGAUCACCAACAGAAGUUUYUGUAUGCAACGAGUUACUGKGUUGGAAAUGAGUUUAGUAAAUACAAAGAAGAAAUAUCCCAGAAAGUAAYAGAGUUUAAGAAAAGACACAUUGCAGCAAUCGACAGCCUUCCUCCUGCUGAGAGAGUCAUUAUGGAACUCUUCCCACAGCCAAUGAUUGUGUUGUUGAAAACAUGGAUGAAAGAUGAGACACAAAAACCUCAAACAUUUUUACCUUUCCCAUUGAUACAGCUGAUUUUGGAGUUUGCCAACCAAACUCUUGUUUCUGGAGUUGCUCAUGUGUUGUACUCUCGUCUGAUACGAUCUGAGAGUGUUUGAUAGUAAAUACUACCUUGUUG